GCCUGUACUUCAUGAAUAUUGCAAGCUUCCCCUCACUGUUCCCGUCGUUUGCUUGUAUGGUGCAUGUCGUCCUCGACUCGGGCCAUUGUCGCACUAAGUCGUCUGGUCACGUUACUUUUCCAUCCAUCCAACAUCCCCCGUCACUCCCCGUCACUCCCAUGUACAAUCCUUGCAGAGACAUACUCUACAUACACUUCAAUGCCCUCAUCCAGUUAGACACUUGGCAAUCUGGCAAACUAUCUUAGGGCAUCUCGCUGUCGUCAUUGACACCUGUCAGCCUUUACCAACCUCCUGCCAGCCAUGAAGAUCGCAAUCCUCACUUCGAGCAUCGCUGGUUCAGGGGCAGCUCUAAACUGUGGGCAUCCUCGUGGGUGAC